GGGGUUCAAUGGCGGCCGCUCGCUGGGCCCUGGCGCUCGCCCGCGGGGCCGCCCCGGUGGCGCUGGGGCUGUUUUUCUGGGUGGCGAUGGCCGGGGGCGAGCGGGACCGCCUGGACAGCCUCAAGGCCCUUCCCGAGGCGAACUCGCAGGUUUUGGCGGAGCGGCGCCGCCACAACGAGCUGAUCAUGGCGGCUCUGCGGGAGGCGGCUGAGACCGACGAGAACGUGGCGCGGCGGCCCGUGCCGUGGCGAAAGUGACGUCAGCACCGGGAGACCCACCCCUCCCCCCUCCCUCCCCCAACUCCCGGUAACGACCCCCGGUAACUGCCAGGCGGAACCGUCAGUGCGGGGCGCGGUUUGCUCACCGACUGGUUUAACUGACUGGUGUUGCCGCACGGACUCGUUUCACGUUACAUACUUCCGGCGUCGCCGUGUCCCCUCACGGGGAGGCCUCACUGCACGCGGGGUCAUCGGCGGUUCCUGGCGCCGUUCAGGCCCCGCUGCGGCGGGAGUGACGUCAGCACCGGGAGGCCUUCGGUAACGACGCCCCUAAAACCUUCCGUUAACUCCCCCCGUUAAUCAGGCGGAACCUUCGUGGCGGGACGCGGUCGCGACCGCCGCUACACGGACCCGAAUUAGCGCCGCGCACUUCCGGCGCCUCUUCCGGC